CAACUUGCCAAGUAUAGGAUAGGGACUAGCACAAUAAUCAAAUCACAAUAAGAGCUAAAAGUCCACCUAUCAUGCAUCCAUCAUUCAACCAUCCACAAUCGAUAAUGUACUCAAUCAUUUGCUAUAUUUGCGGCAAAAUUAUUAUUAUUGCCUAAUAAAGUAUAACCUUAAUUUUCCCAAUAUUGCUGAGGUCAAAGAGUACACAUUCAUACCUUUGAUUAGCACGAAGUACUGAAAUUUGUCGUCCUGCCCACUUGUUCCCAUGUCCUGAUCACAUUACCCUUUCACAAACCCUAGAGGGUUUUUCAUUUCCAAAAAAAAAAAAAAUAUUAAUUCCAGGGGCUUAAUUAUUGCUAUAUUUUAGGUUCUUGUGUAGACUUUGGAGACUUGCGACUUUUUUUUUUGCUGAUGCAAUUUGAGAUAAAUGAUAGAUUACGAAUUUCUUCUUUGGGUAAUGAGAUAGAUCAGCUCGUUUCUUGAUUUAAUUAAUAAAAUGCCAUGAUGCAAUCAUGAUAAGUGCACCGUGUAUAAGAACUUGCCUUGAUCAGAUAUUAUUUUUGUGUAGAUAUUCCUCUCCUAAGUCAUAAGAUAAACUUGAGAAGAAAAAGUGAACAUGUACGUACCACAAUUCCAAAGAUGGAAUUAGAAUACAUGGAUUUUUAAAAUCAAUCAUUGGAUGGCUAAUGGAACCUCUGGCCGGCCACUUGCCGUACAAUUUGAAGAGGGUCUAAUCUCAAGUUGGGAUAUUUGACAAAUUUAGCAUUGAGAUAGCAUAUAUAUUGGAUUACGUCAUUACAACCUCUCGAGUUUGAAGUAAUAUAAUUAUGAAAAUGCCGUCUGAUUAAUUUUGUACCAGAAAAAGAAAAGUACUAUUCAAUUUGGGGGUAAGGAAAGACAAAUUAUAUAUGAUGAGAUGAUAUUAAUAAAAUUACGUGACGACUAUAAUUAUUAACAUCUCGUUUGUAAAUUACAUAUUGUAUAACGAAAAUGAUUUGAAUAGUACUCGAUCACAGAACGAUUUAUACGAGUUGGCUCAUUGCUAAUAAUAUCUGUUUGAGACCACUGAAAAUUGUUGAGGCCUAUGCCUUUCCUGCUUUCCAUAUGAACUCUGCCAAGAGAUUAGCAUCGAGGGCAACAGAGUGUCAUUUUCAGGUUGGGACAGCAGUUUGUUCAAACGACGACAACGAAGAAGAAGAAGAAGAAGAAGAAGAAGAAGAAGAAGAUGGACAAGGCCACAAGGAGGAAUGGCAUUCGGAAAUAGUGUGGGCUUUUAUGUUUCUGGACCAUUAUACCGAGAGAAUGUGGGCUUGAAGAUAAGCGUGCUCUCAGUGGAUCCGAGUCUCUGGCCCAAUGGUAAAGGAGGAGAGGGAGAUCCCAAGUCCAUUGUGUAUAUACUAUAUAUGUACUAGUUUAUAUGAAAUUAUGAAUGAUUAGAACCCUCCAUCAGUAUUUGAUCUAAAUUUAUAUAAAGUCUAUUUAUAUUUGAAAAAAAAAAUAUUAGGGGAUUGUCUACAUGGUGGAUUGGAAAAAUGAAUUAUCUGAUAAAUAUAUAAAUUUUGGAAAUGUAGAAAUUUUCAAAUAUAUUAUUUGUUCAAAGAGCUUAAAGGUGGUUUGUAUCAUUUCUUACAUCGUUACUAGUUUUCCCCUUGAUAAUUACCCAAUUAUUUUGUUCUUUACUUCAUUAAAUAGGAAGGCAAACUCAUUAUCCUCUACCAAUUCUCAUGCUCACCAACUAACAAACAAAAAAUAUCAACCCUAAUUCAGAUGAACUUUUACACCCACAAUUGAACUUUUAUACCCUUAAAUCAUAAUAGUCGGUAAGAUACAACGCCAAUAAGUUAUGAUAAAAUAUAUGCGUCUAU